AUGAAUCAUAACGAACGCUCUCUUAAAGUACUGUUACUUGGUGAGUCUGGUGUAGGGAAGUCUGCUAUUUGUCACAGACUCUGUAAAGAUUCUUUCACUGAUAUUUAUACCUCGACAAUAGGUGUUGAAUACGCACCAAAGUACAUCGACUUAGAAAACAACACAUUGAAAGUCCAACUGUGGGAUUCGGCGGGACAAGAAAGAUUUAAAAACAUCACACGUUGUUAUUACCGCUCAACGAAUGGUGUGAUAUUAGUCUUCGACAUGACACAACGAGAAAGUUUUAACAAAGUUGUGGAAUGGUACGACGAUGUGAUGAGCAAAUCCGAAGGAAGUCGUCCAGUCGUGUACAUUGUUGGAAACAAGAGUGAUCUUUCCGAUAAAAUCUGUGUGAGUGAGAAGGAGAUUGACAAAUUGUCGGAACGACUGAACUCGGCAAAAACAUUUUUCUGCUCUGCAAAAAGUGGUAAAAAUGUUAUUGCAAUUUUUAGGCAACUCGCUGCAGAUAUGGUGUUAAAAGAGGAAAAAGUCUGCUUUGAAGAGCCGGAAACGGUAAAUGAAAGUACAUGCAGGCUAAAUGUUUGCACUAUUGUAUAA